AUGGCGUCGCUGCCGCAGUGGGCCGCCCACCAGGCCGCGGCGAGCCAUCGUGCUCCGCGUCAUCCCCGUCGCGCCUGGCGAUGGAACGAACGAACGGCGGCGGCGUCGUGGUCGUCGACGCGGUCGCGGUCGUCGCCGGUGCGAACGAGCGCCAAGCCGGAGCGAAACGACGCGCGGCGGGACCGACGCGCGGAGUCCGCGGACUGGACCGUGCCGGACGGCGUGUCGCACGGCGACGUCGCGCGGCAACCCGCGGGGGAUCACGUCCACCCCUCCCACCUCAUCCCGCCAAACCUUCGACGCCCGGACGUCCCGGAGACGUACAAGAAGAAACCCGUCGCGCUGCUGAUGGGCUACGUCGGCGCGGGAUACAGCGGCAACACCACGAACGCGUCGCUGCCCAGGGGGAGCACCGUCGACGACGUCCUCGAGGAUGCCCUCUUCGACGCGGGUUGCAUCUUACUCUCCAACUACCGAUCGAGGUCGCUGUCCCGGCUCAAGUGGAGCCGGAGCAGUCGAACGGACAAGGGCGUGUCGUCGCUCGCCACCGUGGUGAGCGCCAGGCUGGAGGUGGACGUGGGGGUGUGGGAAAACGACCCGGAGGGGACACGAAUCGCCGCGGAUAUCAACCGACACCUCCCGAACCACGUCAGAGUCUUUGGCGCGUACUCGACGCCCAAGUCUUUCCAGGCGAGGAGGGCGUGCGUUCGACGCACGUACGAUUACCUCUUACCCGCGACGUGCCUCGGGUUGAACGUGAACGGCGAGAGGGACGCGGCGCUCGCGUGGCCGGGCGCGCCGGAGUUGGCGGACGCCACGGGGGAGGAGGUGAUGGCGCGGUUCAGGCGGGCGCUACGAAUGUUCGAGGGGUCGCACUACUUCCACAACUACACGAGACGGUCGGCGUACGCGCCAGCGCCCGACGGAGGCCGGCGCCGCGCACGGGCCCGGGGCGCCGGCGACGACGAAGACGACGAGACGGAAGGCAGCGAACCGAUGGACGAGGCGGAGGACGGAGAGGCGGAGGACGGGGCCGGUGACUCACCGCCUGAACAUGUCGGCUGCAGGCGCCGCGGGUGCUACUGGCUCAAGGCGCGUGACGACGCCGACCUCGUCGGGGUGAAGCACGCGAGGAAGGUCAACUCGUUCAUCGCCGCCGACCCCGCCGUCGCCGCCGGGCACAAAGACGCGCCGCCCUUCGUUCGCGUCACCGUCAACGGCGACAGCUUCAUGCUGUACCAGAUUCGAAAGAUGAUCGCCACCGCCGUCGCCGCCGCGAUCGGCCACUUCCCCCUCGAGCUCAUACCCGCGUCUUUGACCCGACCGGCGAGGAUCGCCACACCCAUCGCGCCAGCGUCGACGCUGUACCUCGUCGACGCGGAGUUCAUGAGCUUCAGGCCGCGCAAAGAAGCGAAAGUAAGUGGCCCGGAGAUGCCCGGAGACGCCGAGAACAUCGCCGAGAACAUCGCCAAACGUCGCCAAACGUCGCCAAACGAACAGUGCGUGGUUCCCAACAGGCUCGACGCGCUCGUACCCGGCGCGGAGGUGCGCGCGUCCAUCGCGGAGUUUCAGAGGUUCGUCCUCGACCCGGCGUUGGCCCCCGCCGUGGCGGACGCCGAGUGGGGCGUCUUCGUGGGGAACCUUCGCAAGCUUCGAAUCAACGUCGACGACUUUGACGGGGAUGACGGGAAAGGGGACGCGGUGAGGGAGUGCCUGGCGGCGCACGCCGAGUACGUCGCGAUGCGGGAGGAGAGGCGGGCGGAGCGGGAGGAGCGCGAGCGCGACGCGGCCGGCGCGCUCGCGUAG